UGUUUAUACAUUUUCAGGGAAGCUGCACUUGAGUAUUUGAAGUUGUCAUCCAAGUUGGUUAAACAGCUUGUGGAAAUCUUGGUAGGUAAGCUCGGAGUCGAACUUGAUGACUCAAAAAUUGAGUCCCUUCUUGGUAUGAAGAUGGUGAAUAUGAACUACUACCCAGAGUGCCCGAAUCCAGAACUAACAGUGGGUGUAGGGCGCCACUCAGACAUGGGAACCAUCACAGUGCUACUCCAAGAUGGCAUUGGUGGCUUAUAUGUCAAAGUAGAAGAAGACAAUGAUGCUGAAAAUGGAGAGUGGCUUGAAAUUCCACCAAUCCCUGGAGCUCUAGUCAUCAAUAUUGGUGAUACUUUGCAGAUACUGAGCAAUGGGAAGUACAAGAGUGCUGAACACCGAGUAAGGACAACAAGCACACAAUCCAGAGUAUCAGUUCCUGUGUUCACUGUGCCUCUAGCUUCAGAGAGGAUUGGACCAUUGCCAGAGGUGGUGAAGAAAGAUGGCUUGGCACGUUAUAAGGAAGUUGUGUGGCAGGAUUACAUGAACAACUUUUUUGGGAAUGCUCAUGCUGGAAAGAAGUCUCUUGAUUUCGUAAAAAUCAACUCUGCCAAACUAGAAUGAAGAUUGAAUCAAAUCAUGUGACCUCUCUCAUGGGUCUUCUACACAUGAAACGUUGCCUCUGUCUGCACAAUACUCUGUUUUGUUUUUCUCGUUCCCAGCACUCUGUUUUUCUUUUGUGUACCUUGUUCAAAUAAGGCUCUCUAUUAAAACAAAUCAAACGAAUGCGAUUAUUUUCUUGUCAA